CUUUGCAGUAGAGGCCGGUGACUGUAGUCAUGUCUGUGCUUCUUUAAAGAUUGUUCUAUGAAAGCUGCUCAAACAGUGUGUGAGGUGUGACCGCUGCUGUCCUGAAGGUUCUUUAAAGCAUCAAGGGGCAGAAAACAGCCCCCCACCCUCCUCCUCCUCCUCCCCCUGCCAGACUUUCUUUCUUCCUCUGGAGUAAAAGGGGCAGUCGGCGUGUGCUGCAGUGCAGGAAAGGUGUCUGACAGCACCAAACCGAAGCUGUCAAAUCUCAUCUCUUGAAUCUGCUGCAACGUUUCCUGGAGGUUUGUUUGGAUAUUGGAGUAAAACCCUGCAGCCAUGUCUCCUUUCCUGCGGAUUGGGUUCUCCAAGUUUGAGAUGGAUCCCGGUCUGGCCUACCACGAAGAGGUGCUGAACCCGUACUGUGUGGUUUACAUGAAGGAGGCCGUCGACACAGAAAAGGGCCAAGAGUACAAGCAGAAGAAGCCCACCAUGUACCCGCCCUGGAGCAGCACGUUCGACGCCCACAUCCACCGCGGUCGCAUCAUGCAAGUGAUGGUGAAGGACCGCACGGCGGAGCUCAAGUCCGAGGCCAUCGUGCCUCUGGACUCGCUGGCGACGCGGUGCAAGAAGGAGAACGGCAAGAUGGAGAUCUGGCUGGAGCUGAAGCCACAGGGCCGCCUGCUGAUGGAGGCUAAAUAUUAUCUGGAGAAAUGUGAUGCUGCGGGUCAGACUGAAGGAGACCCAGAGUCCGAGCUGGAGAGAGAGGGUCUGUUCGCCCUCCAUGCCCGGCGAGGUGCCAUCAAACAGGCGAAGGUUCACAUUGUUAAAUGUCACGAGUUCGGCGCAACGUUUUUCCCUCAACCGACCUUCUGCUCCGUCUGCAAAGAGUUCGUCUGGGGUCUUAACAAGCAGGGCUACCAGUGCAGACAGUGCAACGCCGCUAUUCAUAAGAAAUGCAUAGACAAAGUCAUCGCCAAAUGCACCGGUUCAGCCAUUAACAGCAAAGAAACAAUGAUCCACAAGGAGCGCUUCAAGAUCGACAUGCCCCACAGGUUUAAAGUCUACAACUUCAAAAGUCCCACAUUCUGUGAACACUGCGGUACUCUGCUGUGGGGGCUCGCCAAGCAGGGGCUCAAAUGUGAGGAAUGUUGCAUGAACGUCCAUCAUAAAUGCCAGAAGAAAGUAGCCAACCUCUGCGGGGUCAACCAGAAACUGAUGGCUGAAGCUCUGGCCAUCAUCGAGAGCAGACAGCAGGCCAGAAGCACCAGAGAACCCGAAGCGGAGAUCAUUGGCCGAGAGGGUCCAGUCGGUGUCGGACAGCCGGGAAUCGUCCGAGCUCUUUCUGGGUUAGUAACGGCCACAGCGACGCCUGCAAACAAAGAGCUGCAGGGCGUUUCAUGGGACGGGCCGGCGGACGGGUCGUUCACCGAGGUGCUGACAGAAGAGCCUCUGUACGCCGUUCCCAAGAAGGACCAUCACCCCAAACUCAACGUCGAUGACUUCGUCCUGCACAAGAUGCUCGGGAAAGGCAGUUUCGGCAAGGUGUUUUUAGCAGAGCUGAAAAAAAGCGGGCAGUUUUACGCAAUGAAGGCUCUGAAGAAGGACGUGGUGCUGAUGGACGAUGACGUGGAGUGCACCAUGGUGGAGAAGAGGGUCCUCUCUUUGGCCUGGGAAAACCCUUUCCUCACGCAACUUUACUGCACCUUCCAGACCAAGGAGAACCUGUUCUUCGUGAUGGAGUAUCUGAACGGAGGGGAUCUCAUGUUCCACAUCCAGAACUGCCACAAGUUUGAUGUGCACAGAAGCACAUUCUAUGCGGCUGAAAUCAUCUGUGGGCUCCAGUUCCUGCACUCCAGAGGAAUCAUUUACAGGGAUCUGAAGCUGGAUAAUGUGCUGUUGGACUCCGAGGGUCAUAUAAAGAUUGCAGACUUUGGCAUGUGUAAAGAGAACAUGGAGGACGAGUCGCGGACGUCCACGUUCUGUGGGACACCCGACUACAUCGCUCCCGAGAUCCUGCUGGGUCAGAAGUACAACAACUCAGCCGACUGGUGGUCGUUCGGGGUUCUGCUGUACGAGAUGCUGAUCGGUCAGUCUCCGUUCCACGGCCACGACGAAGAGGAGCUGUUCCAAUCCAUACGAACAGACAACCCCGUUUAUCCCCGCUGGCUCACCAAAGACGGCAAAGACAUUCUGAUCAAGCUGUUUGUGAGGGAGCCCGAGGAGCGCCUGGGAGUGAAGGGAAACAUCAGGCAGCACAGUUUCUUCAGCAGCACCGACUGGAAGGCGCUGGAACAACGCAAGGUGGAGCCGCCCUUCAGGCCUACUUUAACGUCGCCCAGUGACUGCAGUAACUUCGACAAAGAGUUUAUCAACGAGAAGCCGCGGCUGUCGUGUGCCGACCGGACGCUCAUCAACAGCGUUGACCAGACGAUGUUCAGAAACUUCUCGUUUGUUAACCCGGCGAUGGCUCGCAUCGCAGCACGCUAACCACCCCACCAACAACCUACUACCUUAUAAACUAGCCGCUCAAACACAACCAGCACUUACUGUAACUGAAACAAACUGCACAGACUUUAGACCGUGAAUGUCACACAACUCGACCGUAUCCGUAAACAUGAUGAUAACCACUAAUGGUGUCCCGGGGGUGAGGCACAUACACCGCAACUGUGACGGCAGAAUCGUUGUCUCAUCUGUCUCCAUUUCAAAUGUUUUCAAUAAAAACUCUUUUAAUAAACAGUCAAACAACAAAAACUUCUGAGAGAAAGAGGCAAAGAACUUAAACCAAGAUGUAAACGUGAACAAGUCUCCUGAAGCCACAUAUGAUUCAUCAUUUAUUGACAAUAGAAUUGAACCUUAACGUCUUAACUUGCCUUUGUGCUCGUAAACGUAAAGCAAACGUACAGUUAUUGUCCCGUUAAUGUUUCUUCCAUAGCUUAAUGGAUAUUUUACCUCCACGUUGGGUUCAGAUGUUAGAAAUAUAAUUCUCGUUGUGUAAAUAAAUGUAACUUAAUUCUGUGGCUAUGCUGUACGUGUCCGCUGGAUGUAGAUCCGUCAGCGUGUCGCAGGUUUUUGUUUACGUGCAUUUUGUUAUUGUACCUGAACAGUUAUUUAGAUCAGCUGCAGAUUUUAUGUUUCCCUUCAUUGUGAAUCAUGUACAAUAAAAUGUUUUAGACUGCCA